AUGGAACAAAUCAUCACAGGUGAAGGACAAAUUGUUCCAGACCUUGAUGAACAUAUUACUCGCAGUGGCAUUGACCAGGCAGGAACAGAUUAUCAUAUGGUCUCAAUUAUUGGCUGUCAGAGUUCUGGUAAAUCCACAUUAUUGAACCUUUUGUUCGGUACAAAGUUUGAAACAAUGAAUGAACAGAAAGGUAGACAACAAACUACAAAAGGUAUUCACGCUGCAAGAGCUGUUAAUGGUCCCAUCUUACUUUUCGAUGUCGAAGGUAGCGAUUCCCGUGAAAGAGGUGAUUCUGAUGCCUUGUUCGAACGUAAAUCAUCUUUGUUUGCUCUUGCACUCUCAGAGUUGCUCGUUAUCAACAUGUGGGAAUCUGAUAUCGGCCGUUACAAUGCAGCUAACAUUCCAAUGCUUAAAACAGUUAUGGAAGUUAAUGUUCAAUUAUUCCUUGCCCAAAGUACUUCUAAAAGCAAAAUUUUAUUUGUCAUUCGUGAUUCUACAAUUCCAAACUUCGAUGUCAUUAAAUUCCAAAUCAACAGAGAUAUGGAGAACAUUUGGGCUGAGAUCACACUCCCAGAUUCGCUCAAGGAUAAAACAAUUCACGAUUUCUUCGAUUUCGAUUUCUACGCAAUCCAUCACAUGGUAAUUCAGCGCGAUAUAUUUGAUAAGGAUAUCUCAGCUCUCCGACAGCGUUUCAUCGACGAAAAAGAAGAAAAUUACUUAUUUAAGGAAAAAUCUACAAAAGUCGUUCCAGGUGGCGGUCUAAGUACAUACAUCAGAAACUUAUGGGAAGUCAUUAAUGAAAACAAAGAACUUAACAUCCCAUCUCAAAAAUUAAUGUUAUCUCGCUUCAAAUGCGAAGAAAACGCCAAAGCAGCAUACGACCAAUUCAAAGAAAAAGUUACUAAGACUAUUCUCGAGCCUAUGGCAGACGAAAGCGUCAAUUUGGGAGAUAAAUUCAAAUCCAACGCUGAAGAAGCCAUUAAAGCGGCCAAUAAAUUCUACCAUGAUAACUCAUGGAGAUAUCAGCAAGCUGCUGUCGAAGAAUUCCAACAAAAACUUAGUACAGACAUAGGAGAUUUAUUAAUUUCAUACUACAUCAAGCAUUGCAACUAUUAUGCAAGGCAAGUCAUGCAAGAGUUCACUAAGUUCAUUUCUGGCCUUCCAGAUUCAUUCGAAAAAGGCGGAAAAUGGGCAAUUGAAGUUCAAGCCAAAAUUGAUGAACUUUCUCUUCGACUCGACAGCACAUGUCGCGAUUCUUUGAUUGAAGGAUACAAAUGGCAGUUCCCAUCCUUCAAAACAAUCAAAGCAAUGGACGAUGCCAGGAAAUCUUAUGAAGAAAUCAUGACAAAGAAGCUCUACAAGAACAUAUUUGCCGAGGAAAAAAUCGCUUUCGAUGAUAAAGCCAGUGAAUUACUUAUGAUAGCUGAUCAAAAUAUGUGGGAAAAUCUAAGGAAGCUGAUUGAGGCAUCGGCCAAGGUAACUGAUGACAGAUUCAUGGAGAUUAUCAAGACAAACGUUCUUAAUCCAAAACCACAAGAAGGAACUCUGAAAAGAUUCCAACGUCACGCGCUCAACAUUGUUAAAGAAUCGGCCAACUACAUCAUGAUGAAGAUGAAGACGGCCUUCGACAGAAGUUUCAGGUACGAAAAGAACGGAAGACCAAGAGUUUGGACUCGCAGACAUAAUUUGAACCAAAUUUACGAAGAAUCGAGAGCCAGCGGCAGAAAAGUUCUUAUUCUCUUCACAUACUGCAGAUUGGCAUCUCCAGAUGAUCAAACUCCCAACAAUCCUUUGAAUCAAGUCUUAAUUCCUGUAGAAAAGAGCCAAGAGAUAGAAGAAAAGUUCGAAAAAUUAAUUAUCCAUGCAUAUGAAGAGGCCAGAGCUUCUGUUUUGGCUUCACAGAACAAUGAACAUAUUCCUCCUUGGGCGUGGUUCCUCUUUUUGUUCUCCUGCAGCGACUACAUAUUAUGGUGGCUUUCGAAUCCACUUCUUUUCUCUCUAACUGUACUUUUCGGUGGAACAUAUUUAGUUUUGAAUCAAUUAGGACUUUGGGACACGGCUGUUCAGAAAUUACUUGAUAUCAUAAAGAAGAAGAUCGUAGAACUCGGUGCAACACCCGAUGAAAACAACGAAACCGAGACAAAUCAAACAAUUCCUGUAGAAGAAAGCCAAAUAACUCCACCGCCUCCAACAGAAACAACAACUGAUGAUGGCCCUGUAAUGAAGCGCAGAGUUCAUCGAUCAAAAGCUCAGGGAUUAACGAAAACUGAGUCAAAUGUCACUUUUGCAAAUGUUUCCAACGCGAAUGAUGAGCAAUCAUUAACAAAGAACAACACAGAAGACUCAUUGAACACAGGAUCAUCAAGUUCUGGACAAAGACAUAGAAAGAGAGUAAGAGUUGGUACACUUGUUUAA